CAGACUUUUAACUGACUUUGAGUGGCCGACGCACUCCGAUUUACGGGAUAUUCCGUAUUUAAGGCGCCACUUCAAAGCGACGCAGUCGAUUCCCAACCCCUAGCUCUCUCGGCGUCUUCUUCCGCACCUUCCUUCUAACUUCUUGGGGCCUCUCUACUUCCUAGCCCCUCAGCCUCGCGAUUGUUAGAGCACACGACCCACCUCCAUCAGCCCGGGUCAGAGAAGAUUAUAAAUGCCAGAGCCAUUUAACUGAUGGUUAGCUGUUGACACUUCUUUAAAUAACUUCUUGCACCAAGGUCUUCACUGGGAAGAAUUCGGGGAAAAAUAGCCGUGGAAAAGAGAGUCAACACUUACAUGUACCAUGGCUAUACCUAUAACAGUGCUUGAUUGCGACCUCUUACUGUAUGGCCGAGGCCACCGGACAUUGGACCGUUUUAAAUUGGAUGAUAUGACUGAUGACUACUUGAUGUCCAUGUAUGGGUUUCCUCGGCAGUUCAUUUAUUACUUGGUGGAGCUCUUGGGAGCGAGUCUUUCUAGACCUACUCAGAGAUCCAGGGCUAUUAGCCCAGAGACACAGAUCCUUGCAGCACUGGGCUUCUAUACUUCAGGUUCCUUCCAGACUCGGAUGGGAGAUGCUAUAGGAAUCAGUCAGGCAUCUAUGAGUCGAUGUGUUGCCAAUGUCACCGAAGCGCUUGUGGAAAGAGCCUCACAGAUCAUUCGCUUUCCCGCUGACGAAGCCUCCAUUCAGGCUCUGAAGGAUGAAUUCUAUGGGUUGGCUGGGAUGCCAGGGGUAAUAGGCGUGGUUGACUGUAUCCAUGUGGCAAUCAAGGCACCAAAUGCUGAAGACCUUUCCUACGUAAACCGCAAAGGUCUGCAUUCUUUAAACUGCCUGAUGGUGUGUGACAUCAGAGGGGCACUAAUGACGGUGGAAACAAACUGGCCAGGCAGCCUGCAGGACUAUGCUGUGCUGCAGCAGUCUUCUCUCAGUAGUCAGUUUGAAGCUGGAAUGCACAAAGAUAGCUGGCUGCUUGGUGACAGUUCCUUCUUUCUCCGCGCCUGGCUUAUGACACCACUUCACAUUCAUGAGACUCCAGCUGAAUAUCGCUAUAACGUGGCCCAUUCAGCAACUCACAGUGUGAUUGAGAAGACUUUCCGAACACUCUGCUCCCGAUUCCGCUGCCUGGAUGGGUCCAAGGGGGCACUCCAGUACUCACCAGAGAAGUCCAGCCACAUCAUCUUAGCGUGUUGUGUCCUCCACAACAUCUCCUUGGAGCAUGGGAUGGAUAUUUGGUCCUCUCCAAUGACAGGACCCAUGGAACAACCCCCCGAGGAAGAGUAUGAGCACAUGGAGUCCCUGGACCUAGAGGCUGACCGGAUCCGUCAAGAGCUGAUAUUCACUCAUUUUAGCUAAUGUGAAAGGUGGGGAGGAGGAGGGAAACUUUCCAGAAGGAACUGUGACAAACUUUCUCCCUCACCAGCCACUACACAGUUCCAUCAUCUAGCAUGACUGAGUGUGGACACUUGUCACAAACUGACAUUUAAUCUGCAUGUUUUUUAGAAGAGUUGGGGCUAUACCAGAAUAUUUUGAUUCAUUUGUAUUUCUAUUGAUAUUAACUAAACAAAAAAUCAGGACAACACUUCCGUAGUAUGCAUUGAACUCCAGGUUGAGCCUCAGUUAUUUGAAAAGCUCACUGGUUGCGGACAUUUAUGAUUGUGCCUACAACAUCAAAGCAAAGGAGAAAAUGGCAUCUAGCCAGAACACUUUUUUUU